UGACUGGCUGCGUUGACGUCAGCGCCGUGUUGAUUUGCUAAGGCGAGAGAAGAAAGGAGUUAGUGCGUGUUGAGAGAGCGGGUACUGCGAACUGCCUUACUAUGCUGUAGCCCCACAAUCCCCCCUACACUAUACGGAAGCAAAACGUGCAACUUAGGUUUCAUCUUGUUUACAACGAUAGCUAAAAACACUGCUGAGCGGGGAAGGCGAGCCUCAUGAGUCGGCCUCGUGGACUGCAUCGACAUAAUGGAUUUAACUAAAAUGGGUAUGAUCCAGCUCCAGAACCCCAACCACCCCACUGCCCUGCUGCAGAAGGCCAACCAGAUGCGUCUGGCUGGGACUCUGUGCGACGUGGUCAUCAUGGUAGACACCCAGGAGUUUCACGCUCACCGGACUGUGCUCGCCUGCACCAGCAAAAUGUUCGAGAUCCUCUUCCACCGCAGCAGCCAGCAUUAUACCCUGGACUUUCUUUCACCAAAGACUUUUCAGCAGAUUUUGGAGUAUGCUUACACUGCCACGCUCCAGGCCAAGGUGGAGGACUUGGAUGACCUUCUGUACGCAGCCGAGAUCCUGGAGAUUGAGUACUUGGAAGAGCAAUGCCUCAAGAUCCUGGAAACCAUCCAGUCCUCAGAUGAGAACGACGUGGAGGUCAACGCCAACGACGGGAGCACGGAGGAGGACGACGAGCGCAAAGGCCACAACGGAGCCAAGAACUCCAAAAAGCAUUCCAUGGACAGUCCCUAUCUGUCAGGCACCCACCAAGUCUCCACCAUGGCCGGCAUGGUGGACCAGAGUCCCUCCGUCUCCACUUCCUUCGGCGUCUCCACCCUGAGUCCCACUAAAGCUGCUGUGGACAGUCUGAUGAGCAUCGGCCAGUCUCUGCUCCAGCAGGGCUUCGGCGCUGAGCAGCUCGUCCACGGGAACUCCCACCACCUGAUGACUGAGAUCAAGACCGAAAUGAUGCAGGUGGACAUGGGCGGCAACGGCCACGAGAGCCCCCAGAACAUGGAGUCCAGCGCCUCCAGCAACGGAGAGCGAAGCGGGGAGGACAGGAACCGAGACGGUCCCGGGACACCGACCAGGAGCAGCGUGAUCACCAGUGCCCGCGAGCUGCAUUACGUCCGCGAGGAAGGCAUGGGAGACCCUCAAGGUGAAGUCAGCCAGAUGGGGCUGGAAGCGAUGGCUGGAAUGACGGAGAAACACCUGGCCUCGCUAUACUCCCUACCUGUCAAUCAUAAAUCAGAUGCCAUGAUGUCCAUGCCGGCGUCCAUGGCCUCCGCUCUCCCCAUGUCCCCAGCCCUGGCUAUGUCGAUGGACUUCAGUGCCUAUGGGGGACUCCUGCCUCAGAGCUUCAUCCAGAGAGAAUUCUUCAGCAAGCUGGGGGAGCUGGCGGUGGGCAUGAAACCAGACGGCAGGAACCAGAACAUGCGUUGCAACGUUUGCGGCGUAGAGCUACCAGAUAAUGAAGCUGUGGAGCAGCACAGAAAGAUGCACAGUGGAAUGAAGACCUACAGCUGUGAGCUGUGUGGGAAGAGCUUCCUGGACAGCCUCCGUCUACGAAUGCAUCUGCUGUCUCAUUCAGCUGGAGAGAAGGCCAUAGUUUGUGACCAGUGCGGCGCCCAGUUCCAGACAGAAGAAUCCCUGGAGGCUCACCGGCAGAUCCACACUGGGUCGGACAUGGCCAUCUUCUGCCUGCUCUGUGGGAAGCGUUUCCAGACCCAGACAGCGUUGCAGCAGCACAUGGAGGUCCACGCCGGCGUCCGCAGCUACAUUUGCAGCGAAUGCAACCGGACUUUCCCCAGCCAUACUGCACUCAAACGCCACCUACGCUCACACACAGCAGGGGACCACCCAUUCGAGUGCGAGUUCUGCGGGAGCUGCUUCCGAGAUGAGAGCACGCUGAAGGGCCACAAGCGCAUCCACACCGGGGAGAAGCCCUAUGAAUGUAACGGCUGUGGGAAGAAGUUCAGCCUCAAGCACCAGCUGGAAACCCACUACCGUGUGCACACAGGUGAGAAGCCAUUCGAGUGCAAGCUGUGCCACCAGCGAUCCAGGGACUACUCGGCCAUGAUCAAGCACCUGCGCACCCACAAUGGCGCCUCGCCCUACCAAUGCACCAUCUGCCUGGAGUACUGCCCCAGCCUGUCAGCCAUGCAGAAGCACAUGAAAGGCCACAAGCCAGAAGACAUCCCCCCAGACUGGCGCAUAGAGAAGACCUACCUGUACCUCUGCUAUGUCUGAGACCAGGAGCAGCGAAUGGAGAGGGGAGGGUUGGUGGAGAGGUAAGGGGAAUGUAAUGGAGUGGAUAGGAGGAAUGAGAGUUGGCGAUUUGAGGAAUGUCAACGGCGAGAGACUGGAAAGCAAGAGGGGGUUUGUUUUCUAUUUUUCUUUUCAUGCAAAGGCGACGAGCGACGGGGUUUAAAAAAAACAAAACAAAAUGACGGUGGUGAUGGAGAGACUAAAGUGCUCAGAAGAGGAAGGCUUGGACACUUGGAGACAGAUUCUCCACCAUUGUUCGGAUUCACCGGGUCAUUCACUACAUCUGCAACUGUGUUAUUGUUUCAGGUCAUUUCGGGCGGCGCCACAGAGCAGGCGCCGCUCCAAGGAAGUGACUUUUUGGAUGCUGCUGCAACAGUGAUGAGAAAGCAGAUUCUCAAGGGCUAUCUGAACCUGCACUUCCACGCCAUGUGGAGCCUUCACUCCAACCUGAGUCGUUUUUUUUUUUGUUCUACUUCAGUAUUUGUUGUGUUUGCAGUAACACAACGACAGAAUAUGUGAAUCUGAGCAUCGCUUUAGGCCCCCAGUUCAUUAUCUGCUGUCUGAGAUUUGAGGACUCUCUCCUUCUGACCACAAACCUACAUGAGUCUAGAUGUUCUGAACCGAUUUAUCUUGGGGAUUGAGGAGGACCGACACAAAUUUUCAAACUGAACGCUCCAGAGUUUGAAUAAACGCUUCGGCCCUGAUCUUUUCCGUUGCGAGAUGCAUCUGUUUUGUCACUUCUCGUCUGUUUCUGCCUAAGCAGUGGGCAAAGACACGUCCGAACACGAAAUCCUUCAGAUCCCAGCGGUCGCAGUGAGAUAGCCCCUGAGAAUCCGCAGCAGAGCCGGUCGGCUUAUGCAGUAGAUGAAACAGUUGAACUGGACAAGUGGGAGCAUUUGAAUACUGCAAACCAAGCGCCCAUUUGGUUGCAGGGGGAAGAUGUUAGUGCUGCUUUUUUGUGUUGUUGGAAGUCUCCCCACUUUUCUCAGUAGUCUUCCUGGUUCUGCAUCUCCGUCGGAUGAUCGGCUGGGGGAAGGCCGAGUCACCACUGGCCACUCAAAGGCUAACUUGUGUCACUUUUUCGUCAUGUUUUUGUUCUUUUUUUUUCUUUUUUAGCUCUGCAUCCUAGUUUAUCGUGGCUUGAUUGCACAGGUUAAACAAAGUACGACAACAGUCUCUGUUUGAUGUCGGCAAGGUAUAUAUUAUUUUCAUUAACUCAUAACUUGCUAUUACAGUACGUCACAUUAAACUCACAUUAAAGCGUACUCACCUAUUCAGCAAUAGAUAACUGGACUGCUUUAUACCAUGUACAUUUUACUAGAUGAUUAUCAUUAUCUCACACUAAUGGUGAACUACGCAAACUGACACACAAACAGUUAACACUUCUACCGCUACAGAUCUGUCCAUUCGCCACAGGGAUGGAAUAUGGGGAAAAAACAAAACGUUUGCUGUCCGUGGGAGUCCUGUGACUUUGACUGCUAGUAAGUGAAUGUUGAAGAGGUGCUGGGAAUGCCUUAGCUACACACCUCUGUCGGAGGUGCUGUGGUAGCUUGAAGACUGUUAUACGGCAUCGAAAACAUGAAUGUGAACACCUGUAAGCUGGGAUCAUGGGAGGCUGGAUCAACAGACGCAGGUUAAUGCUGCCUUUCAUUCAAAGUCGGAAGCCUAAAAUUCCCACCUUGCAGGUUGUUGUUUUUAUUUCUAAAGCCUUCCGGUGGUUCUGAGUCGGUUUUCUCCAUCCAGCGUCAUAACCUCGAGGCAAGUCUUGUUGGGGCUUCAACUCCCCUAGAAGUGUUUUAUAUCAGAACAUGGACCACUGGAGUACUGGUGGAUGAUGCUUUCUCAUAGUUAUAUGACAGAUAUUGUGUUCAGAUGAUGCAUAUUCACAAAUAUAUUAGCAUUGAUUUGAAUUACCGCUGGGGCUUUUAAGCCAAAUACAAUUAAAAUGCUGUACAUUGUGUACUCUGUGCAUUUGAUACUCGUGUUAUACACCAUCGCAUAGAGGAAAGGGUGAAUGUUGGGUCAGUAAUCGCCCUGAGCAAAGUAUUAAAACCCAUGAUGUGCAGCAUUUACAGCAAAACGUCAAAAUCCUGUUUUCUCUGCGGCGGUGGGAAUUUAUCCAGCUUUCUGUGAAACACAGCAUCGGUCCUGUUGAGCGAAAGCAGUCGCAGGUUUUUAAUGGUUGAACCCAAGGCUUUCCUGAACAUCACUGCCUGUCACAACGUUACCUGGGCGCUCACAUAUCCAAACAGCUGGCGGGAAAAGGGGGGAAAUCACUGAUUGGACGAGACACGGUCCAGCAGCUUAGGGGGCGACCAGUAAGACGACAGAAUAAAUCAACUCUUUCUCUGUGGUUUUGUCCCUGCGCUUCGUCUCGUCUCCUGUUGUUGUUGUUUGUUGUUGUUGUUAUUAUUGACCUUGAGUUUGAUCUCAACACAUCGUACUUGAAUUACCUCGUUUUUGUGACCUCAUGUUUGCUUGUGUAUUUUUAAUUUUCCCUUUCGUUUCAUUUGUACACUUUUCGAGUCGGAAAGACGCAUCGCGAAAAACACGAUGAGGCGAUGCAAAAAAAUUAAGUGCCACGGUGAAGAGAUUUGUUUUUUUUCUAAUGUUGUGUAUUUCUUUGUGCAUUAUUUGUUACCAAACUUGGUAUUAUUAACCCUGCUUGAUAAAGAGCCGGAAGGUUUGGUCAUUUGUUAUAAAAGCUACCUCUAAGUUGUUUUCUUUUUUUUUCUUUUUUUUUUGGCAAAAGCACAUUUUUUUGUGUUUGUGUUUUGCAUUAUUUCGUCAUUGCUACUUCAUCUCAUGCUUUUUUUUGUUUUCAAAAGUUGAUUUAUGAUUGUGUGUGUUUUCAAGCAAAAUGUAUAUAAAAGGGUAAGAGAUAACAAAAGUAGAGGUCGGGUAGGAUGAGAAAAGUCGUUGAAAUGGAUGUUUAUUCUUCUCUUCUAGUCUCCCCCUGCACCUCCAACUACAGAAGAGCAGAGAAAAAAAAAGCAAUUUCGAAGCCUUAAGUGAUGAGUAAGAGGGAUGCGGCAGAUAAGAGGAAGUACUAUUGCUUUUUAAGAGGGUUUAAAAGCAAGAAUUUAAACUUGAAAAUAUGUGAAUAGAAUUGUAGUUUUGUAAUGUGAAAAAAGAGGAAAAAAAACAAGGAGGUUCAUCCAAAAAAAAAAAAAAAAAACAAAGAAAGAAAGAAGCGCUGAACCGCCCAGGACAGGUCAUAUUUGCAGCGAUGCAGAGUGCGUUGGACAAUUUGGAACUGCAAGUGGUAAUCAAAAACAGUAAAAACCAGAAGGUUGAAAAUAGAGAUUCUCUCAGCAGACGAGCUCUCCUGAGAAAUGAGUGUAUUCCUGAACAAGAGCCAACAGAGGCAAUUUGAUAUAUAAAAAUUGUGAUAUUUUUGUAUUCAGUGUCAGUCCUUUUUCCAUUUGUGGAGGGUUACAGCAGGGCACAAAUAUUUGUAUUUCUUUUUUUUUAUUAUUAUUAUUUUUAACCGUUUUUGUUUCUCUCUCUCUCUGGGUGUGAAUCAUUUUUGCCUUGCUCCUCUUUGAUAUUGUUGGACAAAAAAAACGUGUGUGAACAUAUUGUAAUAAUAAGUGUUGCUUUCUGGAUGUCAGUUGCAUUGUAGGUGAAGGACUAAAUCUACCCGCCACAAAAAUUUUACGGAGUGUGUGUAUGUGACAAAAAAAAAGAAGGAAAAAAAGUUUAAAAAAAAGAAAAAAUAGAAAUAAAAAAGAUGUUAAAAUACGGGACGGCAGGGGGACGCUGCCAAACCGACCAAUUAGUACUUGUCAUUCACAAUUUUUCAAUCAAACUUGACUGUCAGCAUAUUUUUUUGUUUGUUUUUGUACUUGAAAAAAAAAAGAAGAAGAAGAAGGGAUGGCAUGUCCCGAGGUGUCUUGCCAUUUUAUUCUCAAACACUGUGAGCUGAGGGGGCUUUUUUUCCACCCCCGUAUAGUAUCCACCCACUAUAAUACCCCGUCACGGUUCAGUCUGAACGCCACAAUGCAAGACCUGUUCAGUCACGUCGUUCCUAUCAUCGUCCUCUGAAUGUUUUCUACUUUUUUGUGCGGGUGAAAGUGCGUAACUAUGUGUGUGUGUGUGUGUGUGUGUGUGUGUGUGUGUGUGUGUGUGUGUGUGUGUGUGUGUGUGUGUGUGUGUGUAUUAGUGGAAAAAUGCACUAAUCAGAUCAGAUUACAAAAUAAAAUGAUAUUCUAUGCCACUUUUUUCUGUUGGAAAAAAAUAUAUAUAUACAUUGGCAUCGAUAUAGUUCUUCCCUCAGUGUUCCUCCGAUGUUUCUGUACUAUCUUUGUGCCUAAAAAUGGAAAUUGUUCAACAAAAAUAUCCAUCUAUAUCUGCUUAGUUUUCUGUAUUUUCAGAAGAAAAAUAAAAAUGGUGUCUCCAGCACCCUAGGGAUGUCAUGACGCUCGAAAAUGACCUGAUUUUUUUUCUUUAUUUUUUAUUUUACUUUAAAUCCUGAAUAGAGCAGGGCUUCUUUUUCAAGGACUGAAUUAAACCCUGAAUGCUAUUGAAAUAGCAAUCGGGAUUCUUCUUUUCUUAGGCUGUGAUUGGCACCUAAAAGCAUUUAUUUAGCGACACAAAACAAAGCAUGGGGGGGAAAUAGACAGAAUUCCAGGCGCGCUGCAGCAGAGAAACUUGCUUUCGGCACAAAAUCUGUUCAAAUCUGCGCUCCAGAUGCUCUGAUUUUCUGCUUUUCUUUCAUUUUUUUUGUCAGCAACAGGUUUGCUGAUGUGAACAUGAUAUUGUUCUUGUGAGAAGAAGAAAACUAGAACCUCCAUUUGGGUAUUUUUUUUCUUCCCUUCUGCUUUGUUUCUGGGUUUUUUUAAAGAGUACUUUUUCUGUUCUACAAAAUGCAUUUAAAAGGGGGAUGUUGAAUUGGUCCUGAGAGGAAUCAUGGCAUCCCUGGAGCUGGCACUCUGUGUUUUGGUGUGGUGUUUCUAGAACAAAGUAGCCAUUUCAUGCAGUGUUGCGAUGCAUGUGCCAUCGAGGUCUAGACUAAAAUUGUUUGAGUAACAAAGCACCAAGACAUUGUAUUUUUUUAUAUUAGCACUGAGGACCAAUUGCCCUGUCGGACCAAGCAUAACGAAGCUUUUUAUGUAACAAAGCUUUUCUCUCUGUCUUUCCCUGGCUUGUCUGUGCUACUUCUCUCCUCCAUUGUUGUGACAGCACAAGUGCCAGUCAAGUUGCUCUGUAUUAAGAAAAUAGUGUUUGUAUUAUGAUUUGAAUUGUUAUAGUUUUUGUCUACCUCAGCACCUAAUCUUAGCCUAAUCUUAGAAGGUGCCCAAUUAUUAUUUUUUAUUUUUCUUUAUUUUGUUCUCUUAUUGUUGUCAGUUGUAUAAUUUUUUGAAAAAUUUGCAUUAGAGCUUUGCAAAGGUCCUUUGUCUUUUCCAGCGACAACGUGCUAUUUUGAGUUUUUUCUGUGGCAGUACGUUUCCUGUUGAGCUGUGCCACCAAUCUAUAGCCACCGUCUGUUGAAUAUAGAGGUUGUUCUCUCUCUUUUUUUGUUUCUUUCCAUGUAGAAUCAGACACAUCUCUUUGUAACAUUUCAGUGUUCUCUGAUGGAGUGUGAAAAAAAAUAAAAAGGAAAAAUAAAAGAUUUAAUGCUG